GGUAUUCUAUUUUUCAAAUAAAAUAAAUACAGCAGAAUUUAAUGAGGUAUAUUAAUGAGGUAAAUAUACGCAAGUCCGUAGAGGACUCUCCGCCUGCACAAAAAUUGCUGGGUGAUUUGAAGCCGCUGAUAUGAAGAAGAGCCAUCAAUCUAAAAGGAAAAGGCAAUCAAUAAGUGGUAAUGCUUUGGUUGACCUAUGGAGUGUGCAGUGCGCGGAAUGUUUCAAGUGGAGGUUGAUUCCUACUGAGGAAGAGUUUGAAGAAAUCAGAAGCAAAUUCAGCGAGGACCCCUUUUUCUGCAGCAAGAAACCCGGUGUUUCAUGCGAUGAUCCAGCUGAUAUAGAACGCGAUGAAACCCGCACUUGGGCCAUUCACAAGCCCGGCAUUCCAAAAACCCCUUCCGGGUUCAAGAGGACAUUGGUAAUGCGAAGGGAUUUAUCUAAAAUGGACUGCUAUUAUGAUGCCCCCAAUGGCAAGAAAUUGAGGGCCUUGACUGAUGUUAGCAAGUUCUUGGAUAAGUUUGCGGAGUUCAAAAAGAACAUCUCACCUGCUGAUUUCAGUUUUACAAGUCCUAAGCUCGUGUAGGAGACAAGGUCUAAGAUAACAUCGAACCAAGGCUGACAUCAACGGGGUUCUUUAUUUUGUUUGAGCUGCAAUUUGUGUUUCCCAUUUGCAGUGCUUUACAAUUAACGGGGAUUUUAGGAUCAUGUUUCGUUGUUCAUAGUGGGGGAGAAAGAAGUGUUCCAGAUUUCGGUUCUGACAUAGAUGUGCAUACUUGGUGAUUGAAUGUAUGUUGCAUUUGCAAUUAUGGUACUGUUAUUUGUUGUUAUUUUUAUGAAUUGAAUUUGGAAUUGGAUUUA